AUGGAAAAGCAUCUUCCACAGCCAGCCUCGACCCCGGCGCGCCGCGGAUGGUCGCCUGUGCGUGUAACUUUGGCAUGUCUACUCGCCAUUGCCGCUGUCAUUACUUUAGCGCCCCGGUGCCCGCACUUGCACUUGAAGUCUGAGGUGGGAAAGGUGCAAGCGCACUGCCCGGCCCAACCGGCCCCCCUCCAUCCCCCGUCGACUAUUCAGUGGGAUGACGAAUCACGCGCCGAGUCCAUCGAGCUGUUCCGUGCGGCCGUCCGCAUCCCGACGCAGAGCUACGACGAUAAUGGCGAGCCGGGGGAGGAUGUGCGCUGGGCGCCGUUCUACGACUUUAUUGACUGGCUCCAAGACGCGUUUCCUGUGGCGUGGAAGGCGGCCAACGUCGAGCUAAUUAAUACCCUCGGGAUCGUGGCGACGUUCCAAGGGUCCGACACGAGUUUGAAGCCGCUUCUCCUAAUGGCACACUACGACGUCGUCCCCGUCCCGAAUAACACUUAUGACCGCUGGACACACGGUCCGUUCAGCGCCGACCUAGCCGACGGAUGGGUGUUUGGCCGCGGGUCCGCAGACGAUAAAUCUCUCCUCGUGUCCCAAUGGGAAGCCAUCACCCAUCUCCUCAACUCGGGCUACACGCCGCGCCGCACCGUGAUAAUCACCCACGGCUUCGACGAGGAGGAAGUCCAUGCGCGCCGUGGACAAGGCCAAAUCGCCCCCUUCCUUGAAAAACGGUACGGCGCCAACGGGCUGCUCAUGGUCGUCGACGAGGGGUCCGGGGUGGGAGACCUGUUCGGUGGCCACUUUGCUCUUCCAGGCACUGGCGAGAAGGGGUAUCUCGAUAUUGUGAUGCGUGUCGGGACAGAGGGCGGACACUCGUCGGUUGCCCCGCCGCAUACGGGGAUUGGAAUUAUGAGCCAGAUUAUUAACGCUCUCGAAGCCGACCCGUUCAAGACUAAACUCACCCCCGACUCUCCUCUUCUUCAAGGCUUGGCAUGUGUCGCUCAAGCUCCAGACGCACCCAAGGAGUGGAAAAAACUCCUCAAGAGUUCAAAGGGAUGGGCGAAAUUGGCCGCAGGCUUUGCAAAGGUUGGAGCCAUGCAGCGCGCCCUCGUUUCAACAACUACCGCCGUCGAUGUCGUUCGAGGCGGAGUCAAGGUCAAUGCCCUCCCUGAACUUGUUGAGGCGUACGUCAACUUCCGCAUCGACUUUUCAGAGAGCCUCAAGAGUACCAAAGACCAUGUUGAGCGUAUUGCCGCCAAGAUUGCCAAGAAACACGACCUAGAGUUCCGCGCCUGGAGCGGCGAGGCUAACCCCGCCUCGGGCCGCUUUGUUACCCUCGAAGUCUUUGGAGCGCCACUCGAGCCCGCACCCAAUACCCCUACAAGCGGAGGAGUCUGGGAUCUCUUUGCUGGUACUGUUCGCGCGGCCAUGGGCGAGGACCUCGUGAUUGCGCCGUUCGCCACUACUGGCAAUACCGACUGCAAGAUGUACUACAACCUCACCAAACACGUUUACCGCUUCAUGGGCGCCAGCAUGGACAGCAUGGCUAACAUCCACACCGUUGACGAGCGGUUCGAGGCGGCAGAGCACCACCGGACCGUCGACUGGAUCCAUGCCCUUAUCCAGAACGCCGACUCGUACAAUGGUCCGCAGUAG